CCUUUUACCCAUAGUUGUUUACAGCUAUGGCUUUUACAUCAGUAAAGAUCCUAGUGCUCAUACAAGUUUCAGUUUUAGCACUCAGCUCAUUCUCAGAGCUUAGCUUUGGUAAAGGAAUUGAAAGCUCGUCAUUAGACAAAGGACAACACCAUCCAAUCUUCUCAACAGUUCACUUAUUCUUUGGAAAGUCUCCCAAGAAAAGCCCCUCUAGCCCUACACCGGUAAACAAGCCAUCACCAUCACCACCACCACAGGUUAAGUCAUCCCUUCCGCCGCCUGCUAAGUCACCACCGCCGCCACCAGCUAAGUCACCACCUCCUCUGCUGCCUCCACCACCAUCUCAACCACCAAAACAACCACCUCCACCUCCGCCGCCACCAGCAAAGCAACCACCAUCUGCUAAGCCACCUAUUAAACCUCCAUCUCCGUCACCGGCUGCUCAGCCACCAGCAACGCAACGAGCAACACCACCACCGGCAAUGCAACGGGCACCGCCACUUUCUCAGCCACCAAAACUACCACCACCAGCUACUCAGCUACCAAUAAGGAAACCACCACCACCAGCAUAUACUCAGCCACCUCCACCACCUAUUAGAUCAUCACCUCCGCCACCAGCUACUUAUGAUGAACCCCCAAUUGUUGACUCGCCACCUGCUCCACCCUCUGAUCAUGAGCCUACAACCGUAGAGCCACCACCUUCUGAUUACGAGCCACCAAUUAUUGAGCCUGCACCACCAACGGAUCAGCCACCUAUUAUAACACCAUCUCCACCAACUCUGACUCCACCAGUUAAGCUGCCACCACCCUUGAUUCAUCCUGCUGGGAAGCCUCUAAUUGUCGUCGGCCGUGUUCAUUGCAAAUCUUGCAACAGCAGAGGGCUUCCCACUCUCUAUAAAGCUUCACCACUCCAGGGAGCUGUAGUGAAGCUAGUUUGUCACAAUAAUGCAAGGAAGGCAAAUGUUCAAACAGCCAUGACAGACAAGAAUGGUGAAUUCGUGAUCAUGCCCAUGCCUUUAACCAGAGCAGAUAUUCACAAAUGCAAGGUAUACUUAGUGAAAUCAACGAAACCCAUUUGCAAUGUCCCAACAAACUUCAAUGGUGGAAAAUCUGGUGCUUUAUUGAAACCUAUCCUACCACCUAAACCACCUGUUAAUCCUGGUCCUGCCCUUGUCCAGCCACCCAUGUUUGAUUUCCAUGGUGUUGGACCUUUUAUAUUCGAAGCCUCAAGCAAAUUACCAUGCAAAAAAUAAUUGAGCUCUUCAUUAUUAGAAAGACCAAGUGGUAAAGUGAAGGAAAAUAAAAGUAUGAAAGGAUUGAGUUUCUGGUGGAAAAUCCUUUUUCUUUUCUUUUCCUUUCUGUAGUUUAAGAAGAAGAAAUACAUAUCCUUGUACUUACACCAGACAAAAGAUAUCAUCUAUAUAUGGAUUUUCAGUAGCAAAAUCCAAAAUUGAAAUUUAUAAAAAUUGUAACCAUUACAUAUUGACUUUGAAUGCAUGAAUGAGUAUAGCCUUUGAAUAUUCAA